GAGAGCGACCCCCACAGGCUUCCGGCCACAAACACAGCCUCCACCCUGGAGUCUCGACGAGCCGGAGCACACAGCGAGGCCCGCACCCGAGCACCCGACAUCUCCACCCUUCUUUUCCUUCCUUCCUUCCUUCCUUCCUAGCUCGCGCGCGCACCCACCCACGCAAGCUUGCUUCUUGGCUAGUCUGCUAGCUAGCUAGCUAGAUCCCCAAAGCGGAGGUGCUUCUUCCGGAGGCGGAGCUGCUGCGCCGGCGCCCCGCCGCGGCGGUCGCUUGAGGCCGCCGCGCGGAGGGAGGGCGGGUGACGAGGCGACGUGGGUUGUUAUCUCUCCUUGCUGCUCGCCCCGAGGUACAAGUCUGUAGGGUCGACCUAGUAAUUUAGGGUGUAAUUUCUUAUUCUGGAUUUGCUAUUCAGGGAAAGAGCAUCUUAAUGUAAUGUUAUUAAGCAGGCAUAUGGGUUGUCCUUUAUAAGUGAUUGAGAUUGCGGGAGCUAAACUCAUGGAUGCUCUCUCAGUUUCAUACUGUUCGUGGAGGUAGAAGAGGUCCCAUUGGCGAGCCUGGGAGUUACCCUAGCCUAGCUGCUACGUGAUCAAUUAACUUAGAAUCGGAAAAAAGGAGUUACUCAGGGGAUCAUUCUUGAGCUUGAGGUCCUGCAUUUGUGCUGCCUGCUGUUUUGAUUCACGGACUACUCAUUUCCCUGUACCCUUUUAAGAAAAAUACUGGAGCUUCUGAGCUCAGUUUAUUCAGAGUUUUAAUCUGAUUCUAGAGUUGAAGAUCAAGAUAGGAGGAAGGUUAAACUCUUCCGACUCAUUUCAUGUGUGCAACAAGGCAACUGCAAUAAGGGCUUUCAGUAGAUUGACUCCAGAUGGAUCAAUUCAAGUAGAGAGGUGUAGGAGGAGGUAUGAGAUACUACUUGCAUCAGAUUCAGCGUUUGGCUGGAGACUCGGAAGGAGGAGCAGUGUUGUUUGUAGAAGACCUCAACUCCAAGUGACAAGGCGACCAGUUGUUGACACUUCCUUCUUUUUUGUUUUUUCCCCUGGAAAGAUGGAGAUGAAUUCUUCUGGUGAGGAAACAGUAAUAAAGGUGCGGAAACCAUACACAAUCACAAAACAACGGGAGAGGUGGACCGAGGCAGAGCACAAACGGUUCCUUGAAGCCCUCAAACUGUAUGGGAGAGCUUGGCAGCGCAUUGAAGAGCAUGUUGGGACAAAGACGGCUGUGCAAAUCAGAAGCCAUGCUCAAAAAUUCUUCACCAAGCUGGAAAAGGAAGCUAUCAAUAAUGGCACUUCUCCGGGGCAAGCUCAUGAUAUCGACAUACCUCCACCACGGCCUAAAAGAAAACCGAACUGUCCAUAUCCUCGAAAAGGUUGUCUCAGCUCUGAGACACCCACGAGAGAAGUUUCAAAUGACAAGCCAACAAAAUCAAAUGUAAGCUUGAGCAAUAGCAAUAUACAGACGGAAAGCAAUGGAACUCUUCAGAAACUUCAAAGAAUGGAGCUGUCCGAAAACGGUAAUUGCUCAGAAGUUCUUAAUCUCUUUCAAGAAGCACCAUCUGCCUCAUUUUCUUCUGUUAGCAAGAGGUCUUCAAAUCAUGGUGCAUCUAGGGCAAUUGAACUGACUAAAACAGAAAUCAAAGAUAUGGCAACCAUGGAAAGGAAUAUUAUAUCCAUUGAUGUUGAGAAGGAUGUAAAAGAUAAUAAUGAUCAGCAAAUGGAAAGUCUCAACAGAGUCCAAACCUGUUCUAAAUAUGACCAUUCUCAUGAAGAUUGUCGGGAUAACUCAAGGCAACACAUGAAGUUAAAGCCAAAGACAGUGGAGACAUCGUAUAUGAACCAACAUGCUGUAAGUGCUCCACAGUGCCAAAUGAAUAAAACUGGGGCAACUGACAUUCCAGUGCCUGGCACUGAAGGAAGUCAUCCUGAUCAAACAAAUGAUCAAGUGGGAGGAGCCAACGGAAGCAUAAAUGGCAUCCGUCCAACACUUCCUGUGGAUCCAAAAUUGAACAUCAGCUCAGCGGCGCAGCCCUUUCCCCACAACUAUGCAGCCUUUGCACCAACGAUACAAGGUCACUGCAACCAAGAUGCCUACAGGUCUUCUUUUGAUAUGUCAUCCACCUUCUCCAGCAUGCUUGUUUCCACAUUGUUGUCAAACCCAGCAGUACAUGCAGCCGCAAGGCUUGCAGCAUCAUACUGGCCAGCAGCAGACAUCAACACUCAUAUUCUUCCAAAUGAAGAAAAUCUUACUGAGAAUGCUCAAGGAAGACAUAUUGGCUCUACUCCCAGCAUGGCUUCUAUUGUAGCAGCUACAGUUGCAGCAGCAUCGGCAUGGUGGGCAACACAAGGUCUUCUCCCUCUUUUUGCUCCCCCCAUGGCUUUUCCAUUUGUCCCAGUUCCUAGUGCUUCCUUUCCCACGACGGAUGUUCAGCGAGCUUCAGUGAACUGCCCAGUUGACAGCUCAUCGAAGGAAUGCCAAGUAGCUCAAGAGCAAGAUCAACCUGAAGCUAUGAUGGUUGUAGCAUCUUCAGGGUCCGGCGAGGAUGGAAAAGCGGAGGUGUCUCUCCACACUGAGUUAGAGAUAUCUCCGGCUGAUAAAGCUGAGACAACACCUGCCACAGGAGCUGAAACAAGUGAUGCAUUCGGAAACAAGAAGGAUCGCUCUUCAUGUGGCUCCAACACGCCGUCAAGUAGUGAUGUCGAGGCAGAACAUGUUCCUGAGAAAGAAGACCAAGCUAACGACAAGACACAGCAAGCAUCUUGCAGUAAUUCUUCAGCUGGUGACAUUAACCACCGCAGAUUUAGGAGCAUCGCAAGCACAAGUGAUUCAUGGAAGGAAGUUUCCGAAGAGGGUCGUAUGGCUUUCGAUGCACUGUUCAGUAGAGGAAAGCUUCCCCAAAGCUUUUCUCCUCUGCAAGCAGAAGGGUCGAAGGCGGUUGCCAAGGAGGGACAAGAUGAAGCAGCUACAGUGACGGUCGACCUCAACAAGAGCCCCACUAUUAUCGAUCUUGAAUUCGAAACAUCGGUUGGGCCAAAAGCUUCCUUUCCCAUUGAAUUGACACACCUGAAUAUGAAAUCCCGCCGGACAGGCUUCAAGCCUUACAAGAGGUGCUCGGUGGAAGCAAAGGAGAAUAGGGUGCCUGCAGGUGACGAGGUUGGUACCAAGAGGAUUCGCCUCGACAGUGAAGCCUCCACCUGAUUUGCGUUCCAUGACAUGAUUACUGGCUUCUACAAGUAGUUUAUUUUCAAGAAAUUAUAAGUAUUUACAUCUAAGCUACUAUUGGACUUCUUAGUCCUUGCAAUGCAGUGUUUCACAAAACUCAAUUUAUUGUGUCUUGUAUGUUAAUGCUUGCCAAGCAGGCCCUCUAGACUGUCAACUAAGCAUUAAGCACCUAUACAUGGUACUUUCUUGGUAAAAGGCAAUUCUGCUUAUUUUUGUACAAUUUGGUGAAGGAUUAUACUUGGAAUUUUGCUUCA